AUAGUUUGAAAGAUGUCCGCAAUAACUAGAACAGAAUUGGAUGGUAUAAAGAAAAUUUCUUCAGGGAAAGUACGCGAGCUGUUUGAUCAUAACGAUAGUCUACUCUUCGUUGCUACCGACAGAAUAUCCGCAUUCGACGUUAUCUUGUCUUCCGGUAUUCCAGGAAAGGGUAAACUACUCACUCAGAUUUCUAAGUUCUGGUUUGAUAAGCUAUUCCCUAUCACACUCUCAGACGGCACACAAGUUAACCACCAUUUGAUAGAGAGUGAUGUAGAAAAGAUGCAACUCCCUGCUCAGUCAAUAGAUAGCCUCAGAGAUCGUACUUUACAAGUUAAGAAGUGCGAAAUCGUUAAGAUAGAAGCCAUCGUUAGAGGUUACAUCACAGGAUCUGCCUGGAGCGAAUAUAAGAAAUCUGGUACUGUAAAUGGCCAGGCUAUCAGAGAGGGUAUGAGUGAGAGUGAGAAAUUCGACGAACCGCUCUUCACACCAUCCACGAAGGCAGAUAUGGGCGAACAUGACGAGAAUAUCUCAGUGGAAGAAUACAAAAAGAGAGUGCCAGAACCAUUAGCUAGUCAGAUCCAAGAAGCUGCCAUAAAAAUCUACAAAUUGGCCUCAGAAUACGCUGCAACUAAGGGUAUUAUUAUCGCUGAUACCAAACUUGAAUUUGGUAUCGAUAGCGACAAAAACCUCGUCGUCGUUGAUGAAAUUCUCACUCCAGACAGCUCGAGAUUCUGGCCAGUCGAUGGCUACACAGUUGGAAAGAGCGUGGACAGCUUUGACAAGCAAUUUGUCCGUGACUGGUUGAAAUCAGUCGGAUUUGACAAAAACAACCCAGUUGGACCAGUCAUUCCUGAUGAUAUUAUAGUUAAAACUGCUGAAAAGUACAAUCAAGGGUAUAACUUAUUGACAAAUUAGUUAUUUUUUGGUGUUGAUGAUACAGUUUGACGUGGUGUAUUUUCAAAUUCUUCAUGCAUGGAUCGUUGUUGAAUAGACAAUCCACCUACGCUGACGCUGCUUCUCCUCGACGACGCUUCACUGUUUGAUUGUGAGAGCGAAACAUCAAAUGCGUUCUGAAAUACUUUUGAUAGAUCAUUUGCCGUUUGUUUAAUGAGUUCCUGCUCAAAUUCUGUCGCUUUAUCUAGCUUUAUCGGAUCGCUUUCUAGCCAGGUUGAGAGACUAUUAAGAUCGCGUAGACUAUGCAUGCUCGUUGCUGCUUUAAGUGAUGAUGUAGAAUUCGUUAUAUUUACCAUUUUCUCUGAUGCCUUGCUUACUAUAUUAUUGAGUGAAGCUGCAUCUUCCUGAUUAGGAUAUGAAUAGGCAUAUGAUAACUCCGGGUUUGGUGAACCUGUCGAUGGCGUAUUAUUCAUACUUGGUGAGUUAUAGCUUGAAGUUGGAGGACUGGUAGUUGUACUACGCAGAUUCCUAGCGUCAUCAUCACGGUCACCGUCAAGGAGUCUACUACGCUCGUCUGGCUUUUUACUUUAUUCCUCCUUCCAGAGCAACACCAAGUUAGCAUUCGAUAG